AUGUCUCCACAGAUAUCAGCACUGUCAACAAUCAUACUCCUUGGAUGUGCAAUUAGUAGGGCCACUGCUGCACUAGAUCCCACGUGUGCACCAGGAGGAAAUUUUGACCUCUCAAAAUGGAACCUUCAACUGCCCAUCGGAUCCACAGGAAGCCCGACCACAAUCAAGAGCACUGAUCUGCAAGGCUGUUCCGGCUACCAAGAUCCAGGACACAAAUACUUCUUCACGGAAAGCGGUGACGGGGCGCUAGUCAUGCAAGUCCCAGGCUCGCCAUCCUCCUCCGACUGCGUCACCACCAAGAAUAGUUUACACUGCCGGACUGAGCUACGCGAAAGCAAUCCCUCGAGCUGGGACCCGAACGCUGCGAAGAACAGACUGAAAGCCACGGUCGCAGUUACAGUUGCGGAUGAUAGCAAACGGGGGACGGUAGUCGGACAAAUCCAUAUCGAUGACAGCAUAUCCACAAAACCAGUAUGUGAGUUGUACUACAACGCGCAAGGAGUCCUCACCAUGGGAGUUGAGAAGACGCGAGCGGGAGGAGACUCCAAUUUCACCACUAUUGCGACAGUACCGGUUGGCACGACUUUCUCCUAUGAAAUCAGAUAUGAGACGAAUGUUCUCAGUGUGUCUGUCAAUGGUGGCGCGAUGAAGGUGCUGGAGACUUUCGACUUGGAUGCGCCCAAGAGUUAUUUCAAGGUGGGGAAUUAUAAUCAGGGCAACAGUCCGAGCGACGUGCACGUUUUUGCUAUUUCUGUAGAGCAUUGA